AUGCUCUUAUUUGUGAUACAUUUCCUUCCUCCUUCCUUCCUUCCUUCCUUCCUUCCUUCCGACCAGACCCUAUUUUUUCUUUCUUUCAUCCCUUCACCCAUUGCUCAUGCUCUUUCGUUUUUUGUGAUAAUUUCCUUUCGUUCUUUCAUUCCUUCCUUCAUUCCUUCCUUUAUUCCUUCCUUCCAGAUCAUAUUUUUCUUUGUUUCUUUUUGUGGCUUGCCUUUUUCUUCAUUUCUUUUUAAUAAUUUUUGUUCUUUCUUUUCCUUUCUUUCUUUCUUUCUUUUCUUUUCUUUCUUUCUUUCUUUCUUUCUUUCUUUCUUUCUUUCUUUCUUUCUUUCUUUCUUUCUUUCUACUUGUCUUUCAUUUUCUCUUUCUUUCAUUCUGCCUAAAUGGCUUUCAUUCUUUCUUUUUUCUUUCUUCUUCCUUUCCUUCAUUCUUCCUAAAGUGAUGAAUUAUUUUUCUUCCUUCAAGGUUUUCCUUAUUUCUUUCUUUUUUGCUGCUUGUCUUAAUUACUCGUUCUUUCUUUUGUUUUUCUUACAUUUUGAUGAACAUUCUUUAUUUCCUUCAUUCUAA